AUGAAUGUCAAUCCCCAUGCCAAGACGGCACAAAUCUCCAACAGCAGCUCCAUCAGCCACUUCCUCCUGCUGGCAUUGGCAGACACGCGGCAGCUGCAGCUCCUGCACUUCUGCCUCUUGCUGGGCAUCUCCUUGGCUGCCCUCCUGGGCAACGGCCUCAUCAUCAGUGCCGGAGCCUGCGGCCAGCACCUGCACACACCCAUGUUCUUCUUCCUGCUCAACCUGGCCCUCAGCGACCUGGGCUCCAUCUGCACCACUGUCCCCAAAGUCUUUUUCUUUCUGUUUUUCAUUGGAUCAGAAUUUUAUAUGCUGACCAUCAUGUGCUACGACCACUACGUGUCCAUCUGCAAACCCCUGCACUACGGGACCCUCCUGGGCAGCAGAGCUUGUGCCCACAUGGCAGCAGCUGCCUGGGCCAGUGCCUUUCUCAAUGCUCUGCUGCUCACAGCCAAUACAUUUUCCCUGCCCCUAUGUCAUGGCAAUGUCCUGGGCCAAUUCUUCUGUGAAAUCCCACACAUCCUCAAGCUCUCUUGCUCCAAACCGCACCUCAGGAGUCUGUUGCUUCUCGCGGGUAGUGCCUGUUUAUCACUGUGUUGUUUUGUGUUCAUUGUUUUCUCCUAUGUGCAGAUCUUCAGGGCUGUGCUGAGGAUCCCCUCUGAGCAGGGACGGCACAAAGCCUUUUCCACCUGCCUCCCACACCUGGCUGUGGUCUCUGUGUUCCUCAGCACUGGCAUAUUUGCCUACCUGAAGCCCCCCUCCAUCUCCUCCCCAUCCCUGGAUCUGGCCCUGUCAGUUCUGUACUCACUGGUGCCUCCAGCCCUGAACCCCCUCAUCUACAGCCUGAGGAACCAGGAGCUCAAGGCUGCAGUGUGGAGACUGAUUAAUGGAUGCUUUCAGGAACAUGAAACUGCUGGAGAAUUUCUGCAACCCACUCCUAAUAAAAAUAAUCUUUGA